AUGCUGGUCGACACAGGAGCAAUGCAGUCAAGAGAGGACCCCAGUUGUACUCCCAAUGCCGUGGCCGCCCUUGUGGCCACAAACAGAAGACUCAUCCGCUCCUAUAGUACCAAGACCCUAAAGAUCUCCAUCCUGGGCUUCACCUAUGACUGGCCCUUCAUCAUCGGGAAUGUUAAGGUUCCUCUCCUAGGGGCAGACUCCCGGGCACAACACGGGCUUCUAGUGGACGUGGGCUGCAAAUGCCUUCUCGACAUGGGGACCUGCUGUUCCCAACCACUCACAGCCGGCCUGGGUGUACCCACCAUAUAUUCCAUUGCGCCCCACAUUGCCCUCCUACAGGAGUUCCCCAACGUCUUCAAACGAGAGCUCAGUCAGGUGGCCAGAACCAUGGCCAAGUACGGAUUCUACCACCACGUAACCACAAAAGGGCCCCCUACACACACUAAGUUCUGCCGCCUGCCGCCCAAGCAACUCCAGGAUGUAAAAGGACGAUUGGGACAGUGA